AGGAUGGCUGGGAAGAAACUGGGACUGGAAUAUUAAACCCCUGAGUAACAGCCUUUCCGUUCUCACGUCUUACCAGACUUCAUAAUGUGCUUGACAUGACUUUAUUGAUCAAACAGUGAAGCAAAACCAGCUACUUCUCUGGCAUGUCAAGGGGAGAGAAAGACCUGCAUAGGGCUGGUUUGAUACUUGCAUCAAAGCUGAGGUUUGUGACAGGUCAUAGAAGGAAGAUAUGCUGAACUCCGUCUCUAUUUUUAGUACAAAUCCAAGUUACUCAUGACCGGAAUAAGAGCAUUUGGAGUUAUGAUAGUAUGAGAUCAAAGUUGUUUGACUUUGCCAGUCAAGAUGCUGACUCAGGGACUUUUUUCACUUCAUCAGUUUUCACUUUACCAACGCACAAGAACAUCCACAGCCAGCGUGUGAUGUUUGGAUCACAGGAUGGUGCAGUCUGUGUCUCCCUCUUUGAAUAUCACUAGCUUAAAAAGUUAAAAAGACCCCAAUCUCUGUUUUUAUGCUCCUGAAUCUUUUUUAAGUGUCUGAAGCACAACUUUGAAGGAAAAGAAAGGAAAGGUAGGUAAUUGGGUGCCACUGUGAUAAACAAGUAUCUCAAAAUGUCUUGAUGUGACAGAAAGCAAAGAAUCCAACUAAUUACAGAUACAAAUCAAACACAACACAUCCAUGCAUUAUAGACAAUUGUUUCCUGGAAUAAACUAUAUUCAUUAUCAGUUUUUUGUUUUUAACAUUUAUAUGCCUUGAGUUAUUAAUGCUGUUUUUUUAAUUCAUGCUGCUCUGUGGAGCAGCCAUCUCAUGUAAAGCAUACUGGCAGAUCCUGUGUGGAGCUCUUACAAGUAAUUAUGCUAAAAAGAAAAAAAAGUUGCCUGAAAGUUUUCCAAAAUACUGUUCUUGAGAAAUUGAAUAUGAAUUGUCAGACACAUUUAGACUCUUUUUUUGUUACUGGUUUCUGAGUCAUUUAAUGCCUGUCACAAUGCUGAGAAUUGGUUAAUCUGUUCUGAUGGCUACUAGAAUCCCCCUGGAAAAACCAGAUAAUUUCGCCUAUAAUGUUACAUUUACAAGGCAUAGCGUGUCCAUUUUUUCUCAAAGCUCCUACAAAUUUCACUGAAAGGCAUUAGGUGCUCGCUUCCAUCAGUAAAAUUGUGACAAGCGACCCGAGAGCCUCCGCUCCCACCGCUCCCCUUCCCUGUCAGGGCUGGAGUGUACAGAUGUACAAACUGCAACGAACAUCCAUUGUCCACAAAACCUUUCGGAUUUGGGGUUUAUUCUUUAUUUUUUCUUCUUCUUUUUUUGUAAUGCUUCCUACAGGCAAUUCUGUAGAAGAAAUCCGUUCUGAGAGAGAAGCUUUUAAUUUUUUAGGGAGAUUGAGCUCUCGAGGCAGAGCGGGUUCCCCGAGCACCCUAUGAAGGCUGCCUGGGGAAGGUGCCGGGCCAGGGGAGGUGCCUGCGAUCCCUCAGCGCUAUCGUGACACUGUCGUGAGGACGAGCUCGCGGGCGCAUGACGUCACUCCGUGGCCGGGCGUUGCUAGGCAACAGCCCUGUCCCACCGCAAGAUGGCGCCGCAGAGAGACCCCGCCCCUCUAUGAAACAGCCACUGCCAUUGGCCGCCUGCUCGGCCAAUGAGCUCGCCGGACGCGUUCCCGCGGCCAUGCGCGCCUGCUUUCAAACAAUCGGCAGGGGCGGGCCCGCGGCGCGCUCCGCCUCCCACCCUCCCGCCCUCCAGCACGGUUGGCCCUCGAGGCUGUCAGUCAACACGGCCGGGCGCGGUUCUGGUCGCCGGUUGGCGCCCGCGGCUGUCAAUCAUCGCGUCGGGCGCGGGCCGGGUGUGAUGCGGAAGCGUGGCCGUGGCUGUGGCGGCCCCGGCGGCGAAGGUUUUGCUGGAUACAUAGACAACUUGCUGGAAAACAAUGUCCCUUGACUUUGAUAGUGGAGCUCUACAAACACAACAUGAAGAUGAAGACUAUGACCAAGAAGAUUAUGCAAGAGAACAAGAGUUGCAACAACUGUUGACAGACCUUCCCCAUGAUAUGCUGGAGGACAGUGGAGACCAGCUCUCCAGCUAUUCAGACUGCAGCAUUCAGGAGACUGAGCAGCAAUCACACGAGCCUGGGAAGCACGAUGGGAGGUGGAACGAUCAUCCAUUGAUAAGUGAUCCUCAAAAUGGCUAUGAACAAGGACAAAAUAUGUACCCUGAACAAUUCUUGUGUGACCAGCAAAAUGAUGACGAGAAGAAACUUUUAUAUGAUGUUAAAGAAGAUUACCGUGGCCAGAACGGUCAAGAGGAUCCUGAUGAUGUGUAUCUUGGUAGAGAUGGGUUUAACUCUCCAAGUUGCUACCAACAGAACAAUGUGUAUCAUCUUCCUGAAAACUUCAGGCCAUAUACAAGUGGUCAUAAACCAGAGUUUAACAAUCAGCAAAAUAAAAUAAUAAAUUUUCCAGAUGCUCCAAAGGAACAUCUUAAGCAAUUUGUUGCAUCCGAUGUUGUCAAUGGCCAAUCACCAGAAUCUUACAAAGUGACUUACAAACCAUACCAAAAUGGCAUUCAUCAGAAUGUUCCAGUAGUCCAAGAAGGAAACAGAAGAAAUGAAGUGUUUGAAGAUUUGCAACGUGAAUUCUUGGCCAAUGAUGACAACUCUUCAGAAAAUAUGCAGAUUCUUCAACUUCAAGUUCUAAAUAAAGCAAGAGAAAGACAACUGGAAGAACUUAAUGAAAAGCUAGAGAAGAGUGCACAGCAGAUUAGGUAUUUAAAUCAUCAGCUUUCGAUGGUCAAAGAUGAAAAGGAUGGUUUGGCUCUUAGUCUUCAUGAGUCUCAGAAACUCUAUCAGAAUGGAAAAGAACGGGAAAUGCAUCUUGAAGGUCAAAUCAAGGCCCUUGAAACUCAAAUCCAGACUCUUACUACCAAUGAGGAGCAGAUGCUGAAGCAAUCCAAGGUGGCAGAGGUGGCCAUGGAGAGCUUGCAAAAGCAGCUGUUAGAACUUCAGCGAUCAGAUGCCCUUCAGCGAGCCAGAGAACAACAUGAGACUAUUGUUUCAGCACUAAAGCAGAAGUAUGAAAAGCAAGUACUGUCAUUAGAGCAGAAACUUGAUACUACAAAAUCUGCACUCAGAGAGCAGAAAGAGCUUUGCAAAAAUCUAGGAGACCAUGUUAAGCAACUUGAAAAAAGGCUGGAAGAAACCAAAUGUGAAAAAACAGAAAUAAUAAAUCGACUGACGAGAAGCCUAGAAGAAAGCCAAAAGCAAUGUGCAAAUUUACUGCAAACAGGCUCAAUGCAGGAGACAAAUCAGUUACGGUUUCAGUUGCAACAAGCUCAGUCUGCACACAUGAUGAGCAAUGACAUGAACAAGGCUUUGCAGGAAGAAUUAAUGGAACUGAAGGAAGAAAUAGCUUUGUAUGAAUCUGCUGCCAAGCUUGGAGUAUUUUUGAAUGAUGCAAGUGGAGAGCAGCAUAUGAACCUGGGUGAAUCCUAUGUAGAUUUGGGAAUUAAAAAAACCACUGGGAAGAAACCAAAGUUCUGCAGUGCAAUACAGAACAGAGACAUGGAUAAAGAACUCUCCAAAGAUGAAAUUAUUGUAGAAUUAAAAGCUGAGCUGGAACGUUUAUUAAACAGUAAUAAAAUGAAGAGAAACCAGGUUACUCAGUUACAAAAUGAUCUUAAAGAUUGCCAGAAGACACUAGAGGAAUACAAACUGAAAGCAGAAAAAGCAUCAAAAGAGUCAGAGCCUGUCACAAAUCUAACUGAUACUUCAGUGGCCAGUCCUUUGGUUUCUGAUAAUCUAAAGGAAGAAGUUCUGAGACUCAAAAAGGCUAAUGAAGCUUUGCUACAGGAAGUUGAGGCCCAUGCUUUGACUAUUGAAGAACUGAAGGAAAAUGAGGAAAAACUGAAAAGCUUAAAUCAAGAUCUCUGUUGUCAGAUGAGAAAGAUGGUUCAAGAUUUUGAUCAUGAUAAACAAGAAGCCAUUGACAGAUGUGAAAGAACUUACCAGCAACAUCAUGAAGAUACAAAGGCACAUUUUGAGAAAGACCUGAUGGAGAGGUUUGCUGUGGAGAAGCAGCAGCUUAUUCAGAUCUAUGAAGAGACAAUCUCACAGUUAAAGGCUAAUAUAGAGGAGCUGAACAAAGAGAUGACUGCAGUGAAGGAAUGUUACAUUGGAGUCUGUGGGGAGAAGGACACCUUGGAAGCUACUUUAAGGAAGAAGUUUGAACAAGAGCAGCAGUUGAAGGAAGAAAAGCUCAAGAAACAGGUAGUAGAAGAAAAAGAAGUCUCUGUUAAACUUCUGAGGAGUGAGUUUGAAGACAAACACAACAAGGCAAUGAUAGCAGCAAAGAGGAAGUGGCUGGAAGAACAAGAACAGCAGGUUGAAGAGAAAGUUGCAUUAGCUAAAGUUCACUGGGAGAAGGAAGAAAAAGAGAAUAAAGAACAAGUCUUUGCAAAAAUAGAAAGAGAAUGGCAAAGUAGGCUGGAAGAAAUGAGAAGAACUGUAGUUGAAUGUAAUGACUGCAGCUGCCAAACUGACCAAGUAACAGCUGUGGAUGACGUUCCAGCUAAAGAGUUAGAAGGGACUGUUGAAGACCAGAGGCUGCAGAUCCAGAAGGCUCAGAGAGAAAAUACGGCCUCUGAAGAGGCCUUAAAAGAAUUUGAAUUAGAACUGGAAAAUAAAUACUGUAAAAAUCUUGCCAGCCAGGUAGAUGCAGCUUUAACCCAAGCUCGUGCCAAGUGGCUGCAAGAAUUAACAGACCUCAAAGAGUACAAACUAAAUCUAAAGAUAGAACAAGAAAAAUGGGAAAAAGAACACCAAGAGACCACAGCAAAGCAGUUAGCCCUAGUUCUCUCAGCUGCUGAGGAGAAAUGGAAGAAGGAACAUGAGAGUACAGAGAGAUCUGGACCAAGAGUGAAAGAACUUGAAGAAAAGAUAAUUUCUCUCAGGAAGGAAUUGGAGCUAAAGAAAGAAGAAAUCCCUGCAGCCAUCAAAGCAGAACUAGCAAAGGCCCGUGCACAGUGGAACAAAGAAAAGCAAGAGGAAAUCCUGCAGAUACAAGAGCAAAAUGAGAGAGACUACAGAUCCUUCUUGGAUGAUCACAGAAACAGGAUUAAAGAGGUACUUGCAACAGCAAGGGAGGAUCUUGCAAAGCAGAAGAAUGAUCUCUCCAUUCAGAAAGAAGCAGAAAUAAAGAUGUUACUAGACCAAAAGCAGCAAGAAUGGGAGGCUCAGGAAGCCAAGAGACUGCAGGAUGAAGUUAAUCGCUAUGAGGAGAAGACUCUGGUUGAGCUUGAGUAUCUGUUGAGUGAACUUCAUGAAGAACUAGUCAAGUGCACAGAUAGUCAGCAUUCUUUGAAGGACAAGUGUUUUGACUCUCAUGUUCAAUUAAACAGUCAGUGCAAAGACAAACUGAAGGCCUGCUUACAGAAGGCCUAUAGGACCACAGUUUGCACAAUUCUGGAAAAGAAAGAGCGAGAAUGGAAAGAGAAGUAUGAAGAGUUAGUGACUAAUGCAAAUAAAGAAUCAUACCCUUACCUGCAACACGGUGCAGGAGACACUGGGGACACGGCCAGAACUCCUUUGUGCAGUGUUGGACACCAAGCAGAAGCACAAAGGAGAUUAAGAAGACGGACACCCUUGCAGGAAACUGGAACAGAGAAAGAAAAUGAGAAGGCUCUAAUUACAGAAGACUCUGAGAUGAAGACUACAUUGAAUGACCAGGGGUUACCACCAAGGACACUGUCAAAGGGAGGCGUCUCAAAACCUUGUGCAUCCUCUGACUCUGUGAAAGGUCUGGAAGAAAUGCGUGCUCACUACAUCAAAGCUGUGAGCAAGAUUAAGUGCGAUAUGCUUUGUUACAUCCGUGAAAGCAAGGAACGAGCUGCCGAGAUGAUUAAAGUGGAGGUUCUGAGAGAGCGCCAAGAGACAGCACGGAAAAUGCGCAAAUACUAUUUGACAUGUCUUCAACAGCUCCUGACUGACAACGGGAAACAUGAAGGAGCUGAAAAGAAAAUAAUAAAUGCUGCCAGCAAACUGGCUACAAUGGCUAAGGGACUUGAAACACCUCUUCGACACAUUCCCCAGGGCAAAUCGACCCGCUCAGCUCUGCAUUUAGUUUCUGAGCCUGGAGCUGAGUGCUCCAAAAGAGAUCGUGUGCUUCGGAUCAGGUCAAACCAUAUGGAAAGCAAAUCAUGUGGUGAAAGCAGUACUGAGACAGCCAGUGAUAAAGUUGUCCAGAAGCGUGUGCCACGUGACUUGAGACAGCAGUUUGAUGCAACACAGACCGUAACUCAACAUAUGCUUCGUGAAACAGUGACUGCGGGUGUUCAGAAUAAUUCUAAAAGUCUGGAUGGUGCUUCUAGAGGUGCUCUACCAGAGUUUUAUCCAAAUGAAGAUGGAAGAAGAGAAAAAUAUGGCCCUAUUGUAAAUGUAGACAAAGGACCUUUGCAUGCUGCGAGUAAUACAGCGCAUCAGAAUGCUCCUCCAUCUGCUCGUCAGGGAACAUUAGAACAUAUGCAGGAACCCAGAGUUACAAAUGGCCACACCAGCUCUGGGCCAGCUCAUCACAUGCUUAAGGGCAAGAAUGGAAGAACAGUCUCAAAAGAGGAUAAAUAUAUCCAAUCAUGUGGAAAAUGGAAAACUAAGUCUAAGAGAACUCAGGAAUUUAAUUUUAAAGACACUCCAGGAAGAGAUGAAGGAAGCAGCAGUGAAUGGAGUUCUGGGAAUGGAAGCCUGUAUCUGGAUUGUGGUGAUUUGCCUCUCUUGUAUCCUCAACAAAAAGCCAGUAGUAAUGUUCAAGCACAGACUGUAUAUUGUGAAGAGUUUCCUCACAUCAGGUCAUCUUCCCCUGCAGAUGAAAACGUUACUUCUUGGAGAGACAUUUCUAGUGGCAAUGGCAAGUUUCUCAGCACAUAAAGCAGCACAAAACUUUACAAUAGAGACCAGCAGAUAACAAACACAGAGCAUGCUUCAAUCCUCAACUCUGACAAAUCAAAUUCUGCUGUCCCACAACCCAAAGCAUCAUCAGAUUCAGAUGGAGGAAAAUGCUGCAACAAAUGCUUGGAGAAAAAUGGUGUGGGAUCCCAAGUCUCAUCAGCAAGAUAAUGAUUUUUAAUAGUCCACUUUCUAACUUGAACUGAUACCAUAAAUUCCUUGUUUGAAGGAAAAGAAGAUUAACUUGAUGUUUAAAUAAAAGUGUGAGAAUUGAGGAAAAUCUGUUCUACUGUGUCCAUUUCAUGAUCUUGAAUGUUACGUGAACAAAUUUUAUCAAGUUACUUGAAAUAUUAAUACAGACUUUUGUUUACCUUUGUAAUAACACUUUCAUAGUUGUUUAUAGUGUAUUAUACACAAAUUUAUUAAACAGAAUCUAUUUUUAUAUUCAGUUUAGCUUGCAGUGCAGUGUUUAUCUAAAACAAAGCUACUGUAACUUGUGGUAAUUUUAUUAAUGGUUAUCAAAAUUCCUUCAAAGCGUAAUGAGAGAUGUU